AUGCAGGUGACGACCAGCAGCCCCGCUGUAGUCGAUGGCUCGACGGCCAACUACGACGGUGCAUUCUCUCGGGAGCAGCGGUGGGUGAACAGCAAACCGAAAGCAUUCCGUUUUGAUAGCCGCAACAACAAGACAGGCGGGGGGCCACAGGCUCAGGAUGCCAACAAUGAGUCUCCCAUCAGUAACACUACAUCUCUCCCCGAUCGCAUAGCUGUGAACACCGCCCUCCACGAAGCCGUCCGCAACCUCUCAGAAACACCUGAUGUAUUGAAUCACGAAAGGAGACUUGACGAUGUCCAAUCACAACGCCUACCAACUCCCACUAAGAGACGAAGAACCGAGACUGUUCCUCAUGAUGGAGGUCAAUUCCUCCCAGCAUCGCCAUCAGGCUCCGGCACAUCGGGUGCAUCCCCAUGGUCGACGACAGCUCUGCCCACUGGCAGAAUCCGUCUGAACGAGGAACCACAUGUUCCCAGUCCACACGCCACCGGUCCCUCCGUCACCGUCGAUCAGUUCUCUCCUUCAGCAGACAGCUACCAUCAGCCCAGCGAACACGACCCCGUCGGCGGCCUGCACACCCACCCGCCGAGCGACGGCAUCCAAGAAGCUUGCCUCCUGCGUUACUUCACGGAGGAGCUCUCUCAAUGGUUCGAUCUCUGCGACGAAGAGAGGCACUUCCAGCUCAUCGUCACCCGCCGCGCGCGCGCGUGCCAGCCCCUACGCGACGCCACCCUCGCCGUCGCCGCGCGGCACCUCUGCCGGCACCCGCGAUUCCGCACUGAGCCCGGCGGCGUGGUCAUGUACCAGAAUCAGCUCCUGCCGGACCUGACGCCGCAGAGCGCGAUCGAGUACAUGCUGCGGUGCAUACCUGCCCUGCAUGAGGUUUCGCGGACGCAGGACGAGGAGUACAGAGAGAAUCUGGCCGCCGCCGCGCUUAUUCUGCGCCAGUUUGAGGAGAUGGAUCCUGAAGAGGCGCAGAGCGCGACAAACUCCGAUUUUGGGAACGGUAUUGGCCAUGUCAACUUUCUCGAUAUUACCAAGGCGAUCUUGCGAGCUGCGCCGUCACGGUGGUCGGGGCUAUUGAGUGCAGUGUACUGGGUAGCGGUCCGGCAGGAGAUCUACUUCGCCUUGACGCUGGAGCGGUCUCCACAGAUAACAGCGCAACCGCCAGACUUGGACAGAGAUACUUGCUUCGCAAAUAAGCUCAUUUGGUUCAUGUCUGAAGUUGCUAAGUGGAAGAUGGGAGAGAGGUCAGGAGCUGAGUGGGAGAGGCUAAGAAACGAGGAGAAGGUUUUGAUCGUCGAGGCAGCCCGUCAAUUCAUCCCCAUUGUGCAGCGGCCUGCGGAUAGGUCCCAAGGUGAGAUCUUUCCAUUGGUAUGGUACGGGUCGGACAUCGAGGUCACUGCCCUGCAACACUUCAUCUUGGCAAGGAUGAUUCUGGUGGCCGAGGAUCCUAGUUUACAGUAUGAAGCCUCCCAAAAGCCUGCUUUGAGAACCCUUUGCCGCUUCGGGCAAGUGUCCAAUCGACGCGCGCAGAGAGAUGCGGAACACCAAGUUCGCGCCAUGAUCCUCGAGCUUUGCGGUCUGGCACUGCAUCACCUCAGAGCCCCGCCCAGCUUGACCACGGCGGGAAUGGGUAUCAUGCUAUAUGGCGACUACUUUAAUGACCCAUGGGAAAGGACAGCAUUGCUGGGGGUUUUAGAGGAAUGGAGAAAUCAGCACGCAUGGCCUGUGAGAAAGGGGUAUCAAGCUUUAGUUUGCCCUCGUCCCCCUUGGUCUUUCAUUCCAUCGAACGGACAGGAGGAGGUCCAGCAGCAAAUAUGCGACGAAGACCUGGUGGAAACGGCAGUGGAAGCGGGAUAUUUUCAUCCGCCAACUCCAUGGAAGACCGUCGUCCAGCCUGCGCCCAGUCAUGACGGCGCUCCAACCUUCGCCGCGUACCAAGUCUUCGAAAACACCCCAGAAGACUUGAACUCAGAAGACUUUGAAGCUACAGUCCGGCCUCUGCGUCCCCCGUUCGGUAUCGUGGUCUACGACACGACGUACACCGCUCGCCCUACCCGCAGUGCGCGGCUCGCACGCGCCGUGUUUGACCGCACCUACUGGUAUCGUAGGAAGCGUAACCACAGACCGGACCGGGUCGAGGUCGUCACGCUACCCCUGCCCCAGUCGUUCACAGAUGCAGAGCGCGCGGAGGCUUGCAUCCGCCACCACGAGGAGGAGAUCCGGAGCCGUUUGUUAAUACCUCACGAGCCCGAGGCGGUCUCCUGGUUUCUGCCGGGGCGUAUUAUGGAUAACACCUACGCGCGGAGGAUCCUUGCUAUCAACCGCUUGGAAGAAAACGAUAAUGACGAGGAAGUCGAGGUAGCGUCCUGGGAGGAAUCGAUAAGCAACGAAGAAUACGCUAUCGAGUGUGAAGCUUGUAUGAAUCCCGAGGCGAGCCGUACUGGCAGUUUUCUUUGCAUCGACUGGCAGCCCCGUAAGGAGCUGUGGCGUUCACACACGGGUCGAGGUUAUAAGCCGGAUAUGGAUAAAGAGAUCAUCACCCCCUGCUAUGGGUUUGAGAUGUGUGGGAAUAUCUGUAUGGAGUUAGUGGAUGCGGUUGAAGUCUUCUACAACCACUUUAUACCCGAUGGCGUACUCGACCUACAGCUAGAGAUUGCCAGACGAAACUGA